CAAACCUUAAACUUCCUACUAUCCACUUACCUAGCUUUUCGGGUCGGUAUCAGGACUGGCUUGAAUUUCAUGACACAUUUAGUUCACUCAUACACUCAGAUGAAUCAAUUAACGAAAUUACAAAAUUUCAUUACCUACGCGCAUCUCUAAAAGAUAGUGCAGCUUUGAUUAUUCGAGCGCUAGAUUUUUCAGCUGAUAAUUAUAGUAUUGCUUGGGAUCUACUCUGUGAUCGCUACAACAAUAAGCGACUUCUUGUCAAUAAUCACAUUCAGUCAAUUUUUAAUAUCGAAACAUUAACUAAGGAAUCAUCCAAGGGUAUGCGUAAUAUUAUCGAUAAUGUAAAUAGAAAUCUUAGAGCACUAAAGACACUGAAUUUACCUACUGAACACUGGGAUGCACUUAUCAUCCACAUUUUGUCGAAUAAAUUAGAUUCAGUUACAAGUCGGGAAUGGGAAACGUACCGCAACACAUUUAAAGACUUACCUACGCUUGAAAAUCUUCUUACAUUUCUUAAAAACCGGUCUGAUUUACUAGAAACAAUGGAGGAAGCCAGCGCUAAACGCCGGCACAGCGACGUCACGCAUAAUCGUCAGAAAUCAUUAGUUGUCAAUUCUUUAUCUCCUCCUACUACGAAUAAUAAACCACAAUAUGCUUGUCCGUUAUGCAAGCAGAAUCAUCCAAUAUACCGUUGUCAGAAAUUCAAGUCACUUUCAUUAGAACACAGAAUGCAAAAAGCUAAAGGCUUAAAAUUAUGUUUAAAUUGUUUGCGUCAAGGGCACAAUGCCAACGCAUGUAAAUUCGAAUCUUGCCGUUUUUGUAACAAUAGACUGAACAGCUUAUUACAUAAACACUUACCUUCGGAUGCGACGUCCUCAGCUCCCGAUCAAAAUGUUGUUCUAUGCGCGGCGCCGCCGCUGGCGCAGCCCACGCAGAUGCAACCUGAAACAGAAAAACCUAAAAAUUAUAAUACAGAAGACAAUAUCGUCUUAUCAGCAAUUCAUAAUAAUUGUGUCUUACUGUCCACUGCUUUAAUCCAAGUGCAGGAUAGGCAUGGCCACAAACACACAGUGCGAGCCUUAUUAGACAAUGGUAGCACAUCAAGCUUCAUUACCGAGAAUUUAUUAACUAAACUUGACUUACCGACCGUUUCGACUUCGUCAUUAGUUGAAGGGUUGAAUUCCCAAUCAUCACAAUUAACUAAACGAUGUGAAGUUGUCAUAUCGUCGCUUAUCAACUCAUACACGCAGAAUAUUAAUUGUUUUGUAGUGCCGCGAAUUACUCAAAACUUACCCACUGCGUAUAUUAACUAUAAAUUAUUAAAUAUACCAGAAAACAUUACUUUAGCUGAUCCUACAUUCAAUGUGCCGUCUCAAGUAGACAUGCUGCUUGGAGCGGACAUAUUUUGGAGUGUUUUAUGCUCAAAAAAUAUAUAUUUAGGUAAAAAUAUGCCCACAUUAAGCCAGACCACGCUUGGUUGGUUAAUAUCAGGUCUAGUUCAGAUACCUAAUAAUUUAAAUACAGUCCACUGCAAUCAUAUUACUUUGUCUCAUGAUAAUCAACUUCACAAUCUUGUUUCACAAUUUUUUGAGCAUGAAACUGUACCUACUCAUAAACAAAUAUCAAAAGAAGAAAAAGAAUGUGAAGAACAUUUUUCGAAAAAUACAUCACGGCUGCCUGACGGGCGGUUUGUUGUGACCAUACCUUUGAAAGAAUCUCCCAUCAAACUGGGUGAAUCAUACGAGCGAGCUUUGUCUAGAUUUUUAUCAUUAGAGCGUAGAUUUAGUAAAGACCCGGUAUUCAAGGAACAAUAUUGUAAAUUUAUUAAAGAAUAUAUCACCUUAAAUCACAUGUACGAAAAUAAAAAUCCUGAAAAAGAUAUAUACACUUACCUGUUGCCGCAUCACGGUGUUUGUCGUGAAACCAGUUUAUCUACCAAAUUACGCGUCGUAUUUGAUGCCUCUGCAGUCACGACCUCUGGUCUGUCAUUUAACAAUAUACAAAAUAUCGGUCCAACUGUACAAGAUGACCUCUAUAGUAUUUUAGUUAGAAUGCGCCAACAUAAAUUCAUUGCCACUGCAGACGUGGAAAAAAUGUACCGCAUGAUCUAUGUUCACGAAGAUCAGCAUCAGUUGCAACAAAUAUUAUGGCGGUUUGAGCCUUAUGAACAAAUAAAACAAUAUAAGUUAAAAACAGUAACAUACGGUACGGCAUCCGCGCCUUACCUUGCGACUAGAUGUUUAAAACAACUCGGUUUAGAAUGUCCCGAUAAAGUUAUUUCUGAAAUUAUUCAACGCGAUUUUUAUGUUGAUGACCUCAUAACUGGAGCAUCAUCCGAAAAAGAAUUACUACAAAUCUGUAAGGGAGUCAUAAAGCAGUUACAAUCAGGUCAAUUUCAUUUAAGAAAGUGGUAUUCAAACUGUCCUCAUAUCAUUAACGAAAUCGUUAAUGAAAGUGUAAAUGACGGAUUACUUAACUUGAGUAACAACGAAUAUUCAAAAACAUUGGGUCUCCUUUGGUCGUGCAAAGAAGACAAGUUAAUGUUCGCAGUAAAUAUAAAAGAAAACAAACUCGUUAGUAAGCGUACUAUUUUAUCGAUCAUGUCACAAAUCUUUGACCCAUUAGGCAUAAUUAACCCAUGCAUACUUAACGCAAAAACUAUCUUGCAAAAACUGUGGUCUUUAAAAAUUACAUGGGAUGAGAACGUUCCUGCAGAUAUUGCAAGCUGUUGGCAAAAAUUCAUUGAUUCUUUACUAUAUAUCAACCAUAUACGCGUUCCGAGAUGCAUUGUUUGCGAUGACUCAGCGAUCAUUGAGCUCCAUUCAUUCAGUGACGCAUCGAGUUAUGCGUAUUCGGCUUGUGUUUACGUUAAAUCCGUUUCUUACAAUAAUAACGUUUCUGUUCACUUAUUGACAGCGAAAAGUCGAGUCGCUCCAUUGAAACAGACAACUGUACCGCGGCUGGAAUUGUGCGGAGCACUUCUCGCUGCAAAAUUAGUAGAUAAAGUAAAAUCAUCGCUUAGAUUACACAUAAAUAAUUGUAUUUAUUGGUGUGAUUCAACUAUUGUGCUUGGUUGGAUAAAAUCUUCAAAAACUCAUUUAUUAAAGCCGUUUGUUUUUAAUAGAAUUCAAGAGAUUCUUGACAGAAGCGAGUCAUCUGCCUGGCGUUACGUACCCACCAGCGUUAACCCCGCCGAUAUAGGCUCACGAGGGCUAGACGCUAAACAAUUAGAAACUUGUGCAUUAUGGUGGACUGGGCCAGCAUUCCUGGCGCAAGAUGACUCAUCAUGGCCAACCCAACCAACAAGCUAUAAGCAAUCUGAAUUACCAGAAUUUAAGGUUCAAUGUAACUUGUCGACUACUCAAUUAGAUCAUAUCACAUAUUAUUCAAAUUUAUUUAAACAAUUCUCUAGUUUCAACCGAUUACAACGUAUUGUGGCUUACGUUCAAAGGUUCAUUCAUAAUUAUUGUAAUAGGAAAAAUAAGCGUAGUGGUCACCUAACAAUCCAUGAAGCACAGCGUGAACAUUUUUCACAAGAAUAUACGUUAUUGAAAAAUAAUAAAAAUUUACCUAUUAAAAAUUCAUUAUGCAAUUUAAAUCCAUUCUUUAACAAAGCUGACGAACUUAUGCGAGUGGGAGGUAGACUUAAUAACUCUUUUUAUGAUUUUGACACAAAACACCCCAUAUUGCUUUCAUCAAAGCAUCACCUCGCAGAACUCAUAUUCAGACAAUAUCACAUUUGGCUUAUGCACGCUGGUCCACAGUUGCUUUUGGCUACCUUGCGUCACAAAUUUUGGGUUAUUGGGGGCAGAAACUUGGCUCGCAAAACAGUUCAAAGAUGUAUUAAAUGUUGUCGUUUCUCGGGAAGGAUUAUACAACCAAUCAUGGGCAAUCUUCCCGAACAGCGCUUGCAUGCUGAGUUUCCGUUCACCAACACUGCUGUUGACUACGCCGGGCCGGUCAUGAUACUGAACCGUAAGGGACGAGGAAGUAGAACUAUGAAAUCUUAUCUUUGCAUAUUUGUGUGUUUAGCCGUCAAGGCCGUGCACAUAGAACUUGUGACCGAUCUGAGCAGUGAGUCAUAUUUAGCUGCAUUAAAUAGAUUUAUUGCUCGUAGGGGCAAACCAACAAACAUUUUUUCUGAUAAUGGAACAAAUUUUGUAGGCGCAUGUAACGAAUUAUCUAAAUUCCUUAAACAGAAUUCUGAUACUAUUAAAUCACAAACAUCGAACAUGUCAAUUAACUUUAGAUUUUCACCAGCUUAUAGUCCACAUUUUAACGGAUUAGCUGAGGGUUCGGUUAAAUCAUUUAAACACCACUUGAAGCGAGUAGUAGGUUGUACUAAUUUAACUUAUGAAGAAAUGAAUACGGUUCUUGUACAGAUUGAGGCGAUCUUGAACUCAAGACCCCUCACCCCUAUUUCUUCAGAUCCAUCGGAUCUUACAGCUCUCACACCAUCGCAUUUUUUAAUUGGACGAACAAUAACAUUUCUGCCUACUCCUCAGGUCAAGGAAACUACUGCUGUGCACACUCUUUCCCGAUAUAUGAGAACACAGCAACUGAAAACCCAUUUCUGGAAUAGAUUUCAUAAAGAAUACAUUACAGAACUUCAAAAACGACAGAAAUGGCGCAAAGAUGGAGGACAGCUCAAACUUGGAGAAAUGGUCGUAGUAAAAGAUGAGCGACUGCAUCCCAACCAGUGGCUUCUGGGACGAGUGACUCGCCUCCACCCCGGCUCCGACGGCGUGACCCGCGUGGCUGACGUCCUCACCUCUUCAGGGAUACAACGACGGGCCUUUAACCGACUGUGUCCCCUACCCAUCGAAGAUCAGAACUCCGUUCCUGGGCCGGCAACAUGUUGACGCCUUGUGUGCAAAUUAUUAAUUAUACACACACACACAGGCUCGCGUGGGCUCAUCGGCCGAUCGCCCCUCCCGCCCCGCGCGCCUUAUCCAGCGACCGGCACUCUCAGCUUCGCGGCUCGUGCGAACAGUCGAACACACGCAUUAAUAAUUACAAUUUGUUUGGACUUGUCUUUAUGUAAAUUGCCGAGCACAAAUAUAAACCUUGAACUACCA